GAUCCGAAUAAUCGUUUGUGUGGCAUAAGACGAAAGGUCGUGCUUGCGAACGUACCAGUUUCAGUGACGAGAGCGCGCGUGCGAACACACGUUAUAAGCGAGCGCAAUUGACAAUUCUACGGACUAGCAAAAAGUGGUGUUUGUUGUUUUCCAAAAUUGUGACAUACACUACGAUAAAAUGGUCCAGCCCGGUUCGACAACUAUAACCACUUCCGACAAUGGAUUACAAGGUGUCAAAAAGACCAGCGAUAAUCGCAGGAGUAACAAGCCAAUCAUGGAGAAAAGGAGGAGAGCCCGCAUCAACAACUGUCUCAACGAACUCAAGACGCUCAUUUUGGACGCUAUGAAAAAAGACCCAGCAAGGCAUUCCAAACUGGAGAAGGCAGAUAUCCUAGAAAUGACGGUAAAGCACCUGCAGAACCUCCAAAGACAGCAGGUCGCGAUGUCUGCAGCGACAGACCCCUCGGUGGUCAACAAAUUCAGGGCUGGAUUCAGCGAGUGUCUGGGAGAAGUUAGCCGAUUUUCCGGUCUCGACCCCACCGUCCGAAGGAGGCUCUUACAACACCUCACCAGCCACCUCAACUCCAACCACCAAAAGUCUCAGGAGAUCCAGCAGGUCCAACUGCACAUCCUGCCCAACAACGAGCAGCACGGCAACAACGGCAUCAUCCUGAGCAACGGCAACGUGGGAGGUGUCCAAUUGGUGCCUACGAGGUUGCCAAACGGCGACUUGGCCUUGGUGCUGCCAACUACAGCCUCGCAGACCCACACCAGGACCACCAACACCUCUCCUCUGCCUCUCUUGGUGCCGAUUCCUCAAAGGACUUCUUCGACUCACUCGGCGUCUAGCGGUUCUUCCAGCUACUCGUUGAGCACCUCGCCCGAACCCUCCCCGGAACAGUGUUACCAACCCAGACCGUUAGCGUUGGUGAUGCGUAAGAACGAUCAGGCACAAAUUGACCAACCUUGGAGGCCUUGGUGACGACGACCAAACUGUUUUGCCUUUAUGUGAUAGCUGUUGAAGGUUCCUUCGGAUGAAAUCUCUGUGAUAAUUGGUAUCGGUUUAGCCGUAUGCCUCCUAAAUUCGUAAGGUCGGUCUAUAUUAUAUGCACGUUGUGUGAACGAUAAUAUGGACCGACCUUCAGUCUGUACGUAGCUCAAAAAGUCAGUCCUUCACCAGGUCACGAGUAUCGUUGUACAAGUUACAACGCAUGUAUAUUCGAUUGUAAA